AUGCAACUGCUGCGGAAUAAAAUGCAACAAGCAACGAGCCGCCGGCCGGUUGGCGCUGCAGCGGGCGGUGAUCGGGAGCCAGGCCCGGGCCUGGAGUCGGCGGUGGCGGGCGCUGAGGGCGGCGGCGACGGCGACGGGGAGGCGGAGCUGCUGCCGUCACCUUUUACCUUCAGCUCCAGGAGGAUCUUCCUGCAGAAGGAGGACGAAUUCUUCGAAGAUGGUGAUAUCCAUAGACAUUUAUACCUGCAAAAUGCCUUAACAAGUGUGGGAGAAGUGGAAAGACCCAAGGUUUCUGAAUUCUGCUGCCAUAUAGCAGGCUGCAGUCAACUGUUUGAUACCCUUGAAAACUAUGAACAUCAUUAUAAUACAUUCCACCGCAAUGUUUGUUCCUCCUGCAAGCGCUCUUUCCCAUCCAGUCAUCUGCUGGAUAUUCACAUCCUGGAAUGGCACGACUCACUUUUCCAAAUUCUGGCAGCAAAACAGAACAUGUAUGUGUGUUUGGUGGAGAGUUGUGCAGAAAAAUUCAAGGCUUCCAGUGACCGGAAAAAGCAUUUGAUCAAAGUUCAUGGUUAUCCACCUGACUUUAGAUUUGACAAACCAAAGAAACCAAAACGGAAAGCAAACGGGCUUUCUUCCUUCCUGCCCCACAGCAAUCAAAGGAAUCAAGACAAGAGCUCACACGACAUGGAUGUGGAAACAUCCAGUUGCCAAAAAGAAACAACUGAUAUUUUCUGCGGAACAUCCACAGAGUUAAUGGACCAUGUGUCUGUAGAAACAAUGGAAGCGGAGAGUCCGUCUGUGUCAGGACAAGAGAAAUCCACCACAAUGCAGCAGAGGCCGUUCUACUCUUACAGGGUGCCAGCAACAAUUUGUUUUGGCCAUGGAUCAGUCCGUGGCUUUAAGAAUCCAAGGAAAAAGAAGUGACCUGUGUUUUGAAUUAACUCGUCACUGGAUACUAGAACAAUAUGCUGUAAAAGGCAUUAGUUCAAAAUAUGAACUUGGAUGAACAUUUUGUCACGAUUCUCCUGAUCAGUGGGAACAAUCUCGGCCUCCAAGAGGCAAUUGGAUACAACUAUCAGUCAUUGUGGUCGCAAGUGUUUUUUUUUCCAAAAGGAUCGUACUAUUCAGAAAACAGAUAUGUAUUUAUUAAUUAUUACCAAAAUAAAUCCUCUGCUUUUCA